AUGACCAGACUUUCUCGGAGAAAAGGAGACCCCAUUUUUUGCACGAAGCAAAGACCUGACACGGAGCAUCUCAGGCGCCAGGCCCUUCUCAAUCUUUUUGACCUUCCCGUCUUCGUCCGGUGUGGUGCUGCGAAACCCGCGGCGCUGGUUUCGCGGACGCAGGAACUGGACGAAAAGACCAUCGAGGUCACCAAUGCUGGAGCCUCCGUCCUCACCUUGGCGCGCGGGGCGCCGGAGCUCUGGACGAAUGAGCCGGACGCAGGUCUUCUCCGCGUGCUCGAGCGCAACAGCACCGGGCACUAUGCGGUGUGCGGGCAUACCUGGCAUGGCCUGCAGCUGGUGGACUAUGCCUUGCUGUCAGAGCUGCCGCACGGCUGUAUUUUGUUUCAGAGGCAGAGGGCCUACAUCACGCCCAGCGAGAAGAAUGCAUUGCCAAAGUUGCUGCAGAAGCUUUUCCCGCACCUGGAGGUGUCAAUACGACCUCUUCCUCCAGUGCAGAACAGGCGCUGGUUAGAGUUUGAAGUGAAGCGCUGCGAGGGUGGAGGGCUCUGGAAUGGAUGGCAGGGCUCGGGCUGCCGGCAGCUGUCCGUGGUGAGUGUGAGUGGCACCGACAUCUCACGGAUCGCGGAUUACGCCGAGAACUUGCGGAUGUGGACGGAGCCGGUGGCGCUGCAGAUCCUGCAGACGAUGUUCCCCACGAUUCGCAUCUGGCCGCGGGACUCGGCCUCCAUGGUGAUCCGCACCAUCCACGACAUCCUGAAUGGCUUGGGCCUGGAAGAUAACCAGUGGCAUUACAGUGAGAUCUUGGAGUAUGUGCAGAAGAUCCCCCGUGAGCAGGAGGUGGUGGUCACUGGCCACUCCUUGGGUGGCGGCAUCGCGUUGGUCGUGGGCGCCCUGACCGAUCGCUUGGCGGUGGCGAUUCAGCCGCCAGGUGUUUUCUACAGCUUGGCCAAGCACGAGACGCUCAACAAGCGCAGUGGCCAUGGGGCGCUUCACCAGAGGCCCGUUCCGCCGCGGGUUGUGAGUGGAGAGCCCGAUGGUGAGCGGAGACGGAGAAACGGGCCUUCAGAUGGGGGGAAAAGACCUGGAUCUUCCAACUGUGACACAUGUCUACUUUUCAUCCAUAGAAAAGCAGCCCAAAGGCAGGCAUUUGGCAUAGUUGGAAUAUCCAGGUAUAGAGGAUGUCUAGGAGUGGGUGACUCUGUGUGA